AUGGGGCUGCGCGCGUCGCCUAGCGACGAUGUCUUCAGAACUCCUCGUCGGGUCGAUACGCCGAUCCCUGGCGAGGUUGCGAUCCGUUACUCGUCCCCUCCAAGAUUCAUGAUCUCCGCCACCAGCGAAGUCGAGCACCAGCCACGCUUAGACCGUGGUACAGAGAUCGACCCCUCCAAUGCGCAAGGAAAACUGCCUCCGGAUGCGGCUAUCUUCGCUGCCAACCUUAUCGACGAGAUGGCCGACGACCAGCUACAGCACGCCCUCCACCAGGCUUUCGACAUCUUCGGCAAAUGUUACAUCCAGGUAAAGCGAGAUCGUUCCGGCCACCCAUUCGCUAUCAUCCAGUACGAGACUGUUGCUUCUGCCAGCCAAGCUCUCCGAGAUGGUUGCAAGACCAUUAUCAAUGGCCGCGAAGUUCGUCUUGAGAAAGCUCGUGUUGACCGAGCUGUCAUUAUCACGCAUCUCUCAAGAGGCAGUCCAGUUCUUGAGCCCGAGGCUAGAAACCUUCUCAGUCAAUUUGGCGAGAUCGAGCUGAUUGUCUCUACUGAUCUCAUUCGUGGCCGCCCAAACAGCCUCCUCAAAGGUCAGUACGUCCGCUUCGUCUACUGGCUUGAUUGUCGUGAUGCUCUACGAGGUUUCCAUCACAUCACGGAUCAGUACCGUCUCCAACUGGCCACCGGCGUCGAGCCUCGCUCCCGCAUCACCUCUGAGAACGGAACCACCAUUGUCACCGGCCUUGGCCGUGCUAGAACCAACAUCGACGCUAAGUCUAUCUUCGUGGGUGCACUGCCAGAGGAUGUCUCAAAGACUGAAGUCUUCGAUACCUUCUCCCAGUUCGGUGAGAUCUUCGAGUUAAACAUCGUCCGAAAGCGCUACGAGGGCAGCAUGAACUGCUUCAGUUUCAUCGAGUUCAACACUCCGUUCGAAGCCGACAACGCAAUCACGUCCGACGUCUGGAUUCGAGGCCAGAAGCUUCGCAUUGAACCCAAGGAGUACUCGACUCGCCGCGGCCACCGCAACCCUCAAGGCUACCCUCCCUACCAAUCCCGUAACUACCAGCCUCGUCCCCGUCAACCCGACCCCUCCUAUGCGCAGAGCCCAGCUCGCAUCUCGCCAGCCGCAAACGCGGCCCUUCAAGAGCGUCUCGCCCAGAACAACCUGGCCAACAACACCAUCGUCGGCAGCUACGGCAACCGUGCUCCGAACAUCUACACUCCUCCUCACCUGCGGGGAAAUGGCCCCAACCCCUACUCUCCCGGCGACCGCUUCACCCCCCAAUCGUAUCGCACCGGCAGUAUUUCCUACCCAACCUCUCCCACUCCUCGCUCUGGCCCUGCCUACGAAGCAAGCGGUCAGAUGGGCGAGUUCUCCUACGGCCACGGCCGUAACCCCUACGGCACUCCCGACAAGAGCGGUGGCGCUUGA